AUUCUUCACUGGUGUAGUGGUUGUUCGCAGAAAAAAUCCCGUGGCCCGUGUGUUUCGAACGUCAUUUUCGGCGACGGUGUGGGCUGGCAAGAAAACUGGCGAAUAGUUAAGCUAGUUAGAAACUGUGGACAAGUUAGGAAUCGCGAGUGCGCGUGUAGUUUAUUUUCCUUCCUCCGCGAACCACCGUGACGUGAUUGGUAAAAGCGGGGCCCUCCUGCUGCAGAUACUGGGACUUCCUCCAGCUUAGUUGCCGUCCACAUCACAACAGUAUAGUAAUCCGCGGGGCCCCGUCCGAGGUCAACGAUGGACCAUUCGCACACGUUCUUCGCACGCACGAGUAAAACAAAGUGAAAUAGUCGCAGCUAGCUCCAGUUUACGAUUUACUUCUUCCGUGGUGCGCAAUCUACUCUGCCGACCAUUAAAUGUAGAUGCAGUCUUGCUUCCAACGGCAAGGGACACGGAGUCACGAACUGCUUAAAAAUCGAGCCGUGUUAACGCUAGUGGCGAUCUGCGACCAGAAGCGUUAACGCCGGAUCCUUGUACGAAAUUCGUUCUGCAUCGAAAGAAAAUUCCCCGGCCAGCUGCUGCACAAACAAUCAAUCGACAACUUCUCAUCAAUCAAAAACAGAGACAAGCACAUCGAGCGGGUGGCCGGUUUAGGAAUUUCAUGCAGCGAAGGGCGAACGGAACGAACGAAAAGAAAACCUGUCACAACCAACCUGCAACGACGAGUCAACAACACGGCGCGCCAUUGCCAAGUCAUCGCUAGUGACACACCGAUCGUCGCCGGACGGUCAUUUCUAGCCGAGCCAGGGUGUGAAAAUGCCGAAAUGUGACGUUAAAACUCGAUACAUCCCAGCCACUUUCGCCUGGACGCUGCUGCUCAGCACCACAUUCCUGUUCUUUUGGUACCCAUGUCGCCAGUUCUACAUUCAUCGCCAUCCAUGGGUGCCAGUGUGUCAGGCCGUUAUCACAUUCUUCGUCAUCGCCAACUUUACGCUGGCGACGUUCAUGGAUCCGGGCGUGAUACCAAAGGCUCCACCAGACGAGGAUCGGGAGGAUGAGUUUCGUGCACCACUGUACAAGAAUGCCGAGAUCAACGGCAUCACGGUGCGCAUGAAAUGGUGUGUCACGUGUAAGUUCUACCGGCCGCCGCGCUGUUCGCACUGUUCCGUCUGCAAUCACUGCAUCGAGACGUUCGACCAUCACUGUCCCUGGGUGAACAACUGCAUCGGGCGGCGGAACUAUCGAUUUUUCUUCUUCUUCCUCAUCUCGCUGUCGGUGCACAUGCUGAGCAUUUUCUCCCUGUCGCUCGUCUACGUGCUGCAGAAGGAGAAGGAUAAGCUGACCGAGGUGGAACCGAUCGUGGCCAUGAUCUUGAUGGCCAUUGUGACGCUACUCGCCAUACCCAUCUUCGGUCUGACCGGAUUUCACAUGGUUUUAGUGUCCCGCGGGCGCACCACCAACGAACAGGUGACCGGCAAGUUCAAGGGAGGUUAUAAUCCGUUCUCGCGCCGCUGCUGGAGCAACUGCUGCUACACGCAAUGCGGACCACAGUUUCCGAGCCUCCUCAAACCGCAAAAGUAUGUGGCUCGCCGCUCGAACAAGGACAACCAACCGAUUAGCACCAUCACCAACGACGGUGGUCCCGGUGGCGGCAGUGGUGGUGACGCUAGUGGUUCGGGCAGGCGCCAUUUGCCCCCGGGGGGCUCGCAACAGCAGCAGCAGCACCCACAGCAGCAGCUCCAGCAGCAGCAGCAACAGGCACUCAGUCAGGGUGGUGGCAUCUACGAUAAUAACCGACACACGCAGGUAAAAACCUAUAUGGAUCAUGGCAAUGGUCACGGUAUACGUACAGUUGGAUCCAGUCAUUACAGUAAGCUCUCACCGGGCCGUGAGUGUUCCGAUAUCGACAUGGAACCGCAGGCCUCGCAGAGUCGCGACUGCGAGCCAACGCCACCGCUGCAGCGCCACGGUUCAAAGAGCAACUUCUUUCUACCGCCGCUAGAUGGCGGAGGCGGGCAGGGUGGCAGCGGUGGGGAUUCACCCCGUCAGCAGCAGCAGCAGCACAUUCGCAUGUACCAUCCACGGCACAGUCCACAUCCGCGCCAGCGUGGGCUCGAUCCGUCGCGCAGCUUCACCCCGGAGGGCUUAUCGCCCGAUCAACCUCCUGUUGGCCCUCCGCCCAUGAUCACGAUACAGUCCCAGCAGCAGCAGCAGCAACAGCAGCAGCAGCAGCAGCGAGGACCGGUACCGCCAUCGUCCGCUACACCGACUAUGCAGCAGCGAAUCAAGGCGCUUGGGGUGGCAACGCCGCUCGCCAUGUCCAGUCCAGUGCGAAGAUCCAACCCCGGCACACCGACCCAACCGAGGAGGCCCGAUUUUAUCAGUGUUGGGCAGCAGCAGCAGCAGCAGCAGCAGCUCGUAGGAAGUGGUGGUAUCUCGGGCAACUACUAUGAUUUCCCACUGCAACCACAGCAACAACAGCAACAUCAGCUUGCCCCACAAACAAUGGCACUCCAUCAGACAACGGGUCUUCCCCCGCAACAUCCAUACCAUCAGCAACAGCAGCAACAACAGCAGCAGCAAUAUCCGAUGGUGCACCAUAACGGAGGACUGGUCGGACCGGUUGCUCCGCAGUCCCAACAGCAGCAGCAGCAGCAGCAACAACUCCGUGGUGGCAACAACGGGCCGUCGGUCGUUUACCAUCAUGGUAGCCCGCAGCGGCGUUACCUCUCUGAAGGAGAGCUUGUACGGCAGGGAGCGGAGUUGUCGUACGCCCGAAACAAUCAAACGUCGGAUAACAUCCGGGAGUUGGCAGGAAGCCCUCAGCGCGGCGUGUACCACUGGAAGGACACGUCACCCGGGUUCAGCAGUCAGCCGAACGGUGGUGUCGGCCAGCCGCCACCGCCACCCCCCGGCGUUUCGGUUUAUCAGAACACUCCCAGUCCCACUGCCCCCCAGCAGCAGCAGCAGCAGCAACAACUUCAUCACCAACAACAGCAGCAACAGCAGCCACAACAAAUGGCCCAAUCUAUGGCUCCGUUUGGAACGGUCAGUGCCGCCCGCUACCAGCUGCAGCAGCAGCAGCAACAGAACAGUCUCUCUGGUGGCACUGCUGGUGGCAUCGGGGGAUACCAUCCGGCCCUGCGUGGAGGAGUGCCCGUCUUUCCACCCCAACCACCUCCCCAAUCGGCACUACAACAGCAGCAGCAACAACAACAGUCUACCACCGGACCGCAGGCACCAUCACCCUCGAUUAAACGCAAAGCAACCCCGACCAGGCCCAUGUCCUUUGUUCGUGCUCUCGAAAUGACCGACUCGAUGGAGAUGUCGGCAGCGACAGCCGGCGAGAAUAAUGUAGGCCAGAACGCUAGUGGUGUGUCUGUCGGUGGCGUUCCGGGGCAAGCCGCAGGGCCCGGCGGUGGCGGUGGCUUGCGAGGAGGCAACACUACCAGCCCGCCGGACCAGCGCGCCAGUGUGUACGAUAUGAACUACGAGAUUUCAGUGUAGAAGCACUACGCGAGCGCAAUGGCGAUAUGCGGUAGUAACACUAGAAACUAAUUGUAACGCAACGCACCCUUCCUGACAAAACCCUACCCAGCAAAAACCGCCGGGCUGCUUGAGGAGUGCUCUAUGUUUAACGGACCGGGAAGAAGGUUGCUGGGACGGUUUAGGACACGACCAUACCCUGCAACCUCUCCUCGAGCGGAGAAAAGCCAACCACUAGGGUAUAGGGUUAGGUUCGAUGUGUCGCACUACUAGAUCCCACAUCCUUUUCCCAUCUCGGAUGGGUAAAACGUGUGCUUAUGCUAUGCGCCUCGUGCUUGUGCAUCUGGGUGGAUGUGUGUGUUUGUGUGCGUGCGCGCGUGUAUGAGUGAGUGUGUGUGUGUGUACUUUACCGUACGCUACAGGAGUAGAGUAAUAUGAAGCAACUUCCAAGCAUCGAUUCAAUCCCUAAUCUUCGCCGGAUCGUCAGUACAAACAUGGGAACGAUUCGUACAACACCAACCCCCACACCCACAGCCACACACAUAUACAUCCAUCCACAUUUGCUGCUGCGAAUACGGUAUAGUCCUUUCCCACGAUCAACUGGCUGUUGCGUUACGAGUUGCGCUCUCGAAUCCGAUCUCUCAAAGCUCGAAUGCGUGUCUGGCAUAGUGUACAGAUUAAUAGUAUUUUUCUUUUGUCACUUCUAUAUAGCAGGCAUGCAAAAUCUUCGUCAGCUUUACAUUUUUCUAGGUCUACUUUGGGAAAAAAGUAUAUCUAUAGCUUUUGCUUUUUCGCGGUUUGUUGUGAUUCGAUUGUGUACCGACCUUUAUUUAUGGUCUUCCUAUUUUUUGUUUGCUAAUGAUAGAUAGGAAAGUAAGCGGGGUGCUUUGCACACAUCACACGCAGAAACAAUGAAUGCGAGCAGGCCAGGAACCAGUCUUUAGCAAUUAUUUAUAUUUAUACACGAAUGCAUUACUUCCGUCACGGCUGCACGUAUCCGUGCAUCUAUAUUUACGGGCCGUAGAUAAUCGUUGUUAUCUAGUGGUUAGGCAUAUAUCUGGCGAAGGCAAACACAGGACACACAUUUGUUCGGUUCUUCGCACGAAGUAUUCACGUCCCCUUAUUCCCUUUUUAACAUUUUUUUAUCAACUAAGGUUUAAGUUCGAUGGCAUUUUUCUCCUAGCUCUUUUCGGUUAGCCCGAUAUCCUGAAUGCCUUUCAACACCCACUCGUCUCUUAACCCGCCGUCCAACAGAGCCCACUGUGCAAGCGGUUCUUCCGGGGUUCGCCUGGGCUAGGAGGAAUCUAUUUUUCUCGGGGUUUUUGACAAGGCCUCUUGCAUCCUUUCCAUGGUUUAAAGAAAGAUAAAACAUAACGUUUACUAAUCAAAGUAACCUGCUGUUCGAAUAGAAUCAUAUGUUGUUCGAAUAUAAUCAUAUGUUGUACGCGGAUAAACAUACUGAUAAGGGAUUAGCUUUAGAAAGCUAGAAGCCAGGAUCCUUCGUUCUUCAUUGUAAUGCCCAGUAGCGGUCAGGCAGAAAAGAAAAUGGGAACAAUUAGACUGUAUCCAAAGCAUGAGUCGAGGACAGCAGUAAUCCGCAUCAGCUCGCUUCCUAACCCUGCACAACCUUUUCUCAUGCUCAUUCGUGGAUGUUCUCGCGUGCGUAGCCAAGCUACACCAAACACACUCAUACACAAACGCCCACAUAAGUAUGAAUACGUUCGAAAAUGUAUUUUGUAAUUAUUUGUUGGUGCGCGCAAUUAAUGAAGGCAAAGAUUCGGAGAUUUCUGGCGCACUGGCAACCACAUGAACGACAGGACGCUACUAGCUGCCUGUUGUGUAUAGGAAACAAUCGUUAGCAAGGCGACAUCGAAUUAGGGGAGGUGUAUGAAAGUGUAUGAAAAAGAAACAUAAAUAUUGAUAAUGAUGAUUUGUUAAUGUACAUAGAUGAAGAAAGUAAUACAAAACCCACAAAAACAGACCCUCGAACAUUGAUACACACACACACACGAUCUGGGAGCUUCGUGUCAAUGUAUAAGAAGCGGUUAUGGAGCAGAAAAACUGAACUCCUUUUUGGUACGAAAACCCUAUAGGCAUUUUUUGUGGCACUGCUAUUAGUUUCCUAUUCUCCCCAUCAAGACAAGAAACUGCACCGUCCACCCCGCAAGGGUGUGGGAUACCUGUAAACUGUUAUCUGCAUUUUCUUGAGUUUCUUCUGUCGGUUGCCUCUGUACGGCUCGUGUAUAGUGUUUGCUUUUACUCCAGGACUGAUGAAACAUAUAGAGGUGUAAAAGAUUAAAUUAACAAAACAAAAAACCAACAAAAAAACAAAGAUAAAACAUACACACAAACCAAACAUACGGAAACACGUAUUAUGGCGGAAAGCAGAGUAAUGAAUGGAUCAAUUAGUUUUCGCGUUUUAAUUCGACCACUUGAUGGCCGAAUGGAAGAGGCUCUCAGAGUAGGACGAUAUUAAACGGCCGCAUGCUGCCGGCAAAAGACGGAAAGCGUGGCUCAGGGACAUCUACUAUCUAUCAUUACCAACACUACCGCCAUCGCCACCGCCGACCGCCACUGCGUUGUUCGUUGUCAGUUCCGGAAUGUGGGUAGAGGUGGUUUUUGCUAGCACGGCGAGAUAGAAUUUAGAGGGCUUGUGUGUUGAAGCCCCAUCUCACUGUUAGGUGGGAUGGGGGAAGGGUUAGGACGCUAAAAAAAUGAUGAAAAAAAAAGAAAAAAAAAACCAAAACCAAUCUUACAACAAAUUUACUAACCA